GCCGCUGGCUUGGCUGCUGGCGCUGGUGCUCCUGCUCAGCCAGAGCGGGGGUAAUGAGGCCAGCCCCGUCGCCGCUCAGCCGACUGUGGAAGAGGCCCAGCUGUUCUUCUCGAACAUCACUGAAUGGGGCCCUCAGGCUGAGCGGGUGGUGGCGUCCACUGGCAAGCGCUAUCAGCUACUGGCUUUGGUCGAGACACAUAUCUCGCAGGCCAAACAGCAGCAUGAGUUUCUUAAGAUCGACAAGGAUGAUUGGAGAUCCUCCAAAUGUUAUGCAAUGCCGACGGGUCGAUCUGCAGAGGGCACGACGGGCGGAGAGAUGGUUCUAGCUCGCAAGUCGGUGGCUGCAUCCACCUUCGACGCUAUGAGACACCAGAGCCGUCAGUUGUAUGCAGUUGAUCCGUGUCAUGGCUUCGCCCCGAUGACGUGGCAUCGCAAGACAGGCAAUUUGGUCGUGAUAGCCUUUUAUAUCGAACCGCACCACUCGAUUACGGGCCCAGUUCAUGAGCGGAUGGUUGCACUCACCGCUUUCUUGGACAUGCUGGCGGACCCUUGGAUUGUCCUAGCAGAUUGGAAUAUGUCGCCGUGUCAACUGGCUGACAGCGGCUACCCUGAGGAGUGGGGUGGUUCCAUUCUGGCGGCCCCUGGUUCUGCAACCUGUGAUAAAGGCUUGGGCUCGACCAUUGACUACGCGGUGGUGAAGCGCGGCUGGGAGAUGUCUGCGGUCAUUCGCCAGGUGCGCGAUGUACCAUGGGGAACGCACUGCGGCCUGGAGGUCUGCGCGGGCGAGUCCCAGCCCUGGCGCUUUCGUGCUCUGGCACCCCCUGCAGAUUUGCCUUGCCCCCCCAGGCCGCAGAGACAGGCGGACCCCAACAGUGAGACAUCAUUGAGGAAGAAGGCAGCGCUAGACAAGAGGCGCAACCAGUUGCCUGACACGUUGCAGGAGGUGUUUGAUGAGUUCACCCAGUCACAGGAGGAUGCAGCAGCGCCUCCAGUCUUGGUUGCAACGGAUGUUGACUAUGUGGACGGCGUCGAUUUUGCCAUUCCCCUGGAUCUCUGGAGGCGGCAUCAGGACGACGUGAGGAGCACGCUGAGCACUCCCGACGAGAAUGGCACGCUGGGCACCUACGACACGCAGGGGCCCCCAGAGAAGGCAGGUACUGCCAUGCACGCGACGGAUCCCUCGAGAGACAAGUGGAGCACUCUCGACGUCAAUGACGCGCUGAACACCUACGACACGGCUGGGCCCCCAGAGAAGGCGACCGCGCUUGUUUCGACCCACUAUGCCAAGUGGAUGUCGACCUUCGAGGCAACGGUUUUGAAUCACCAUGCGGUUCCUGUAGCGAAGCAAGCCGCCUACUCUGGUAGAGCAAAUGGGGUUCACUUCCAAUGGAAGAAGACUGCGGUUUGCCCUGGACGUACUCAUAUAAAGCACGAGCCUGCAGAAUGGUGGGCUAUUACCUUGACACUGGUUAAGAAGAUUAUCGCGCUGUGCAAGCAUCAGAAGCAUGAGAACCUCGUAAGGUCCAACCUCGCCCUAUUGCAGCUGAGGGCCACGGACUUCCACGGGAGGCGAGACUUACUGCUGCCGAAGGUUGAGGAGGAUGAGGUAUUCAGAUGGUCUGAGCUAGUACGCGCCAUCACGAUCCUGGAUGACGAGGAACGAUCUGAACUCAUAUGCCGCACUGAGGCUUGGUCAGGCCGCGCUGCCGCUCAUGCCUCGUGCCAGUCCAAGAAGAAGUACUCGGGUUGGCUGGCCGACAUGCGGAAGGCGAAGCCCAGUGUCCUGCAUCGACAGGUCAAGCCGCAGGAGCAACAGCGGCUCGAGAUCUACAUCAGUGGCACGACGGUUUCCAACCCGAACCUGAUCAUGGAUGCGAAGCGGCAGGAGUGGGAGAAGGUUUGGACACCUCGCGAGACCAAGCAGCAGAUUCUGGAUGCUCUGGAUAAGGCUCGUCGUCAGAUUAGGGAGGAGCCCCCUGAUGCCAUCCAACUGGAUCAGCUGAAGCGCACCCUGUCUAUCAUGCCAGGCUCCAAGGCGAAGGGUGUGGAGAUGAUUGGGCCGCGGGAUAUGCUGCGUCUACCUGAG